AUGGGAAGCCGUUAUGACUCCAGCGAUGGGAAGAAGGUUUACAUAGGUAACCUCAAUCCCGAAGCUACCGUUGACGAUGUGGAAACUUUGUUUUCAAAAUUCGGCACCAUUACCAAUGUAUGGGUGGCCAGACGUCCCCCAGGGUUCGCGUUUGUGACCUUCGAGGACUCUCGGGACGCAACAGACGCCAUAGACGAGCUAGAUGGAACGGAUUACAAAGGUCAAAACCUCAAGGUGGAGCUUUCCAAGGGCCCGCGACCCAGGCAUCGCAGAGACCGUAGCAGGGGACGUGACCCCUACUCAUCAAGGCGCAGCCCAAGGUGA